AUGAAAUUCAGUUACGACCUUCUCUAUGGUGAUUCCCUGAACACGAUCGAAAUAUCCGACGAAUUAGAUUGCAAGAUCGAAGUUCAUUCCAGACAUCUUAGCAAGGUGGCACCCUCAUUGGCCACAAAAACCCGUUACGAGACAAUUGGUUAUGUGUCUCCGCCGCGAGCAAAACAUGUCUUCAUGCAGACCAUCCGUCUACACCUAGUGGAGGGGUUCACGACCUACGGUAGUCUCCAAGGCUUUGCUCGGUGGAUCUACACUCAAAAGAUCGGUUGGGGCGACGACCACGAGUCCGUGAUCACCCGGUGUAUUGAACUCGUCCAAUUCGCAGACCUGUACCAGAUAAGCUCCCGCGAGGCCGCAACUGUCCAUCAUCUGAUGACACUUUCUCGCGAACGGGGCGAUGGGUUUAUUGCCUGGAAGGAAGGCAUAUUACUGGAGUGCCACAUUUUCGCCGCCAUGCAGCUACAUCCCAUGCGGCGGUCCAUUGUACGGGCCACGGUUUACAACUACUUCAGCUGGCCUCCAUGUAUAUCGAAUGCGGUGAAGAAAUGCCCUCUUUAUGGUUGUGCACCGAGCUACUAUAUUUACCGGGAAAGGUGGCUAUGUGGGCCGCAGCUCGAGCUCCCAGGGUCGACUGAUCAGCCCCGGAGUCAGUGUGCAUCAUGA